AUGUCGCUUUGUGAGAUUCUCUACUCGCCCGAGUACGCCGAAACUAUGGCAGAGCUUCGGGAUUCGCUCGAGCGAAAAGAAUACUCCCUCAAAGCGCUCGAUCUCACGGCAAAAGCGUUGGGUCUCCUUGCGUCGCAUUACACGACGUGGCACUAUCGUUUCUCCAUCGUACAGCAUCUAGGGCUUGAUUUAUUUGGCGAGCUCGACUGGUGCGAAGAGGUUGCGCUUGACAACGAGAAAAACUACCAGAUCUGGAACUACCGCCAGCUAGUGGUGCAGGCGAUUGUGGAUCUGGCCGACGCCAGCAGGUUCGAUCCGCACCGCGAAUAUCCCAUCAUGGCGGCGAUGUUGGACCUGGACCCUAAAAACCACCACGUGUGGUCUUACCGGAAAUGGCUUGUGGAGACGUUCGAGCUUUAUGACGAUGCGCAGGAGCUCCGUUUUGUCGAGUCGCUCAUUGACCAGGAUGUGCGCAACAAUAGUGCCUGGACGCACCGGUUUUUCUUGAAGUUCGGGCGCAACAAGAGUCAGGGCGACAAGGCACAGGUUGGGGCGGAGUACGAGCGCGAAAUGGCGUUUGCGCGCGACAAAAUCGACCUCUGCCCGCAAAACCCGUCGGCGUGGAACUAUUUGCGCGGUGUCCUUGCGCGCUCGGGCGACGACUUGGCGCUGCUCAAACCUUGGGCGGAACAAUACGCCGAUUUCGCCACACAAGUGCAGUCAUCAUAUGCGAUCGAGUUGUUGGCGGAAAUUGCCGAACACGAGGAUGUUGAAGCUGCCCAGCGCUACUAUAGGCUUUUGGCGGAGAAGUACGAUCCCAUCAGAGCCAAUUACUGGAGCUACCGCGCGAAGAAACUUACGAAAUAG